UUAGCUGUGACUGCUACAACUGUUUAUCAGUUCCUGAAAGAAAACUGUAACUCAUCUAUCAAUGCAGAUGUGAGCGCAUUCCCAGCAUGUUCAGUGGCUGGUAUUCCAGGUGUAAAGAAAUGGUAUUUUGCGAGUCAUGUUAUAUGUGGUUAUUAUCAGUUCUGCAGUUCUGACUGGGAGGAAAUAAACUCUGACACACAGAAAAAUGAAGACUCUUUCCAAACAAGUAUUGAUGAAUGCCUGGGAGCCAGACAAAAUUUUGAGGAAGACGACAGUAACAGUAGAGAGUCACUGUCUAUGGCUGAUAUCUAUGAUGAAGCUGCAGAAAGUCUGCAUCAGUUAGCUGAUAAACUGCCUGCCCCAGGCAGAGCAAUGGUUGAUGUAAUACUGCAGGCUGUUGAACGAGAUGGACCCAAGUUAAAAGACUGCUUACCUGCUAUCGGUGCCCUGAAACACCUGAGAGAAUGGCACGCUGCGCAAAUCACUAUUGCAGCAAAUGACUCUAAAGGUAGCUGGCAAAAGAUUGCAGACUAUCUGUCAGCAGACUUUGCAUCUUCAGACAAUGUUAUGAAUAUUAUUGAUUUAAAAGAACUCUGGAGAGGAAAGAUCCAGAUAUGGGAAAGAAAGUUUGGAUCAGAAGUUAGGUUUCCAGAAUUUUGUAUGAAGAGCACUUCAGUAAAGACAUUCAGCACUUCACAUCUAAGUUCUGUUAAAACAGAGCGACUAUCGAGGAAUACUGAUGCUUUGCCAGAGGUUUUUCAUUACUAUGGUCCUGCACUAGAAUUUUUACAGAUGGUGGUGCUCUCUGAUCUACCUUCCUUUUUUAUAUCUGAUCUGGAAUUCGAGCUGACCCUGGCGAGAAAGAGUAUCAAGGAGACAUCUACACUGCUUUUGGACCAGAUUUCUUCUCUCUCUGGGAAGGUGGGAGCUUUAUUUACGUUGCCAUGUAAUGUAAGCAGCGUAGUGAUCCCAUCCCCUGCCCAGCUGAGUACCAAGAAAUGGAAGGAAUAUAUGGCUAAGAAACCCAAGGUCAUUACUGUUCCAGAAAUUGAACUGAAAGGAGAAUCUUGCCGGUACUAUUUCUUGCUACAAGGCAAUGGCUCUGGAGGAUGUAAAGCAACCUUGAUUCACUCAGCUAGCCAGAUCAAUGGCACAGCCACUCUUGCUGCAGUAAAUGGAAAACUAAAGACAAAAGCAGAAGAAACAGAGUCAAGCUUUCAUAUUGCUGACUUCAUGAAGUCUCUGCCUCAUUUUUGUGGAGAGGAGAUUGUACAGAGAGAAAAGAAACUGUCUCAUCUCCAAGUGUUUGCCUUGAAGGAAUAUCUCAGGAGAAAAGAAUUGACUGGGCAACCUCCAGUUAUUUCUACUGAUGAGUUAAAAAACUUGUUAGAACUUACAAGAGAAUAUAUUUGGGACCUGUGCAACACUAGUUUUCCUAAACCUGUGCUACAGAAGGUUGCCAAUAAAACUAGGUCAUGCACUGUGACCUCUGAAUCUGAUUUAAUGGAGCAAAAUCCGUUGGAGUGGCCAGAAAGACCUGUUCUUCAGAACUUGGAAAACUUUGAAAAAAAAACCCAAAAAAUGAGAGUUUCUAUGUUUGCACAUUCAUCUGAGCAAUUGCUGGGGCAUAAAGAUAGCCAACGGGAGUCAUUGACAUUGCUUGAUGCUAAAGAAUUACUGAAAUAUUUUACACCAGAAGGGCUACCAGUUGGUGAUCUUCAGCCACUACAAAUUCCCAAACGUGAAAAUGCAUUCCUUUUGACACCAGAGCUUACUCCUCGGAAACUCAGAGGUCUGCCUUUUGAAAAAGCGGCUGGAUGCCAUUAUCAUGGACUUGAAUAUUGUCUAGAUAACAGAAGAGCCUUAGAGAGAGAUGUGGGGUAUGCUGAACUUCAAACUCGUCUUAUUCGCUAUGAAACUCAGACUACUUGCACCAAAGAGUGCUGCCCUGUGCCCGUUGUCUUGAGCCCUCUCCCAUCUCCCGCAGUCUUGUCAGAGCCUGGAAGUGUCCCUGAUGGAGAGUCUUUACAAAGUGAAUUCAAAACAGAGGCAUCAAGGCUAAAACGCAGAUCAAAAGACUUGGAUUGCUUUUAUCCCAAGAAAAGGCUAACCAAAUCUGAGAGUACAGAUUCUCUCCUCUCUCAGGCAAGCGGAAGUAAUGGGAGUCACUGCACGGUUGCUGUAACGAGGAAGCGCUCUGAAAGAUUGGUUUCUUUAGCUUCGAUGCCAUUGAAACAGCCUGGUCAGCCCCACAAAGUAACUGCUCAGGUUGGCUCAGCAAGUCGCAUAAGUGCAACCGAAUCUGAGACUUCAAAGCCAGCUAAGGAAUCUAGAUCCCAGAAACAUACAAGGAUGCUGAAGGAGGUAGUUGCUAAGACUCUUCAAAAACAUGGAAUUGCAGAGGAUCACAAGUGCUUUGCAUCAUGCAGCCAGCGUCUAUUUGAGAUAUCAAAGUUCUACUUAAAGGAUCUUAAAACUUCUAGAGGACUUCUGGACGAAAUGAAGAAAACAGCAAACAACAAUGCUAAACAGGUGAUUGAAUGGGUUUUGGAGAAGACUGGCAAGUAGAGGUACUGCAUGGGUGCUAUUCACACCUUCCUAGAAACUGCGGAGGGCGAGCACUUCUGAUCCGAAGAAAAGCAUUAUACGGCCUGCCAUCUACACACUGGAAGGACUUUGGUCAGGGCAAUUAUAUAGACUCAGUUCUCAAGCACA